AUGCGAGCAGAUUCACAUACCGACGAGAAGCUCUUUCUGGAACCCGCUAGGGACGGCAAAGCCCUAGCGGAGCCUGCCGGCCGGUUCAGGUCCAGCCCAGUCUCCCAGAGCAAGCAGGAUUCUAUCUAUCAAGAUGUGAUAUGGGCCAAACUGCUUAGCGCCGAUAUCUCUUUUCUCGUAAUAGAUGGCAUCUUCAAACACCAGUCCGAUGCUCUGAUCCGGAAGAUUCCGGAUGAAAUGCCGAUCCUUGAAUCGAUGAUUCUAGCCCUCUAG